GGGACAAACUGACCGACCCGACCAGAUAACCCAAUUGCACGAAUCUUCUCUCUAUUCUAGACUACAUAACUGAAGCUGACUCUCUCUCCUCCCUCUCUCUCUCUCCUCCCUCUCUUUCAUAUCUCUCCCCCCUCUCUCUCUCCACACACACAACUGAAGCGAUCUAGUUGCUUUUAACUUACACCCACUCCUCUACAGAUCUUCACUUUGACUCAAGAUAUGAGUGAGGUAUUUGAAGGAUAUGAGAGGCAGUAUUGUGAGCUCUCUGCCAAUUUGUCGAGAAAAUGUAAUUCGGCUGCUCUUCUUGAUGGAGAGCAGAAGAACAAACAGAUUUUGGAACUGCAAGCUGGAUUGGAUGAGGCUGAUGUCGUGAUACGGAAGAUGGAUCUCGAGGCAAGAAGCUUGCAGCCAAGUUUGAAAGCUAUGCUUCUUGCUAAGCUAAGGGAGUACAAAUCUGAUCUAAAUAAGUUGAAAAGGGAAGUUAGGAAACUCACAUCAGCUAAGUCUGAUAUUGCUGCUCAUGAGGAAUUGUUGGACUCUGGAAUGGUAGAUGCACAUGCGGUUUCUGUAGAUCAGAGAGAAAGAUUGGCAAUGUCGACUGAAAGACUAAACCAAUCAAGUGAUAGACUCAGGGAGAGUAGAAGAGCUGUGCUGGAGACAGAACAGCUUGGUGUAUCAAUCCUUGAGGAUUUGCAUCAACAACGGGAAACUCUCCUGCAUUCCCAUACAAAGCUUCAUGGCGUAGAUGAUGCGAUUGACAAGAGUAAAAAGAUUUUGAGUGCAAUGUCUAAAAGGAUGAGCAGGAACAAGUGGAUUGUUGGCUCUGUCAUUGCAGCCCUUGUCUUCGCAAUUUUAUUGAUUCUCUACUUCAAGCUCUCACAUUAGGUGCCACCAAUUUGAUCUGGAUUGUUGUGUAUAUAAUGUUAACCUUACAAUUUGCGCUUUUCAUGUCUCUGUAUUACAUUCAAGCUUUGAUCGAACAUUAUGUUAAAUUUGUGAUUAGCCCAUUCUUCAUUUUGGCAAUCUUGUUUGUAUGGGCAAAUAGAUUUUUUUUUUUUAACACUGUGAAAAGUGUCAAAUGUGAUUAUGAGAUUCUUAAUAUGUUUGAUUGGCUA